GUGUGAUAACCACGACGAUGGUGAAACGGCUGCCAUCAUUCUGUGUAAUGUCUGUGGGAAUUUAUGUACCGAUUGUGACAGAUUCCUUCAUCUCCACCGGCGAACAAAGACUCACCAGAGACAGGUAUUCAAAGAAGAAGAAGAAGCUAUCAAAGUUGAUCUCCAUGAGGGUUGUGGUAGGACCAAACUCUUCUGGCUGAUGGCAUUAGCAGAUUCUAAAACUAUGAAGGCUAUGGUGGAGUUCAGAGAACAGACAGGCAAACCAACCACCAGCAGUUCUGAAGCGUGCCGUUUCUGUGGCUGUAGGAGUGGAACGGAAUUAUCAGCAGUGGGAAGCGUUUGUUCCGAUACAGACUGCCAGGAGUACGCUAAGAUUGCCUGCAGCAAGACCCACCCCUGCGGUCACCCCUGCGGAGGCGUUAAGAACGAAGAGCACUGUUUGCCCUGCUUGCACGGCUGCGAUAAGACUGCUGCAACCCUGAAACAGGACGCGGACGACAUGUGCAUGAUCUGCUUCACUGAAGCGCUUUCAGCAGCACCAGCCAUCCAGCUGGACUGCAGCCACGUUUUCCAUUUGCAAUGCUGUCAACGAGUACUGGAAAACAGAUGGCUCGGGCCGAGGAUCACUUUUGGGUUUAUGUCCUGCCCUAUUUGCAAGAACAAAAUCAAUCACACAGUAUUGAAGGAUUUGCUUGAUCCCAUCAAAGAACUCUAUGAAGAUGUAAGGAGGAAAGCGCUGAUGAGGCUGGAGUAUGAAGGGUUGCACAAGAGCGAGGCCAUCACUACGCCAGGUGUCAGGUUUUACAACGACCCGGCUGGCUACGCCAUGAACAGAUACGCUUACUACGUCUGCUACAAGUGCAAGAAGGCGUAUUUUGGUGGCGAAGCUCGUUGCGACGCUGAGGCUGGCCAAGGGGAUGACUACGAUCCAAGAGAGCUCAUCUGCGGCGCGUGCUCUGACGUGUCAAGGGCUCAGAUGUGUCCCAAACACGGUACGGAUUUCCUGGAGUACAAAUGCCGCUACUGCUGCUCGGUCGCCGUUUUCUUCUGUUUUGGGACAACGCAUUUUUGCAACGCUUGCCACGACGAUUUCCAAAGAAUGACAAGCAUCCCUAAAGAAGAACUCCCACACUGUCCAGCAGGUCCCAAAGGCAAACAACUCGAAGGAACAGAAUGUCCACUUCACGUUGUCCAUCCACCCACUGGUGAAGAAUUUGCUCUGGGUUGUGUGGAAUGCUCACACUUUUUAGACGUAGCAUUUUUGGUUUCUUUACCAGAGCAAAACAGGUGCCCUCAUCCCUCAAGUGUCCUGAAAAUAAAAAGUCCAGCCGGGAUGAGGACGGGACCAUUUCAUAACCCAGGUAAAAGGAACAAUUUACAGUGCAAGAAGGAUGCCAAAUACCAUGUACAUAAUUCUUGCUGUGAGAUAUUGACAUUUUUUUGAACCGAGACAUCAAAACUUGUGAGGUGUUUGCAUGUGGCCAUUACAGUCAUCGGCUAGGAAACAUUGGACAUUUACAAAUAAAUAAUUGCUGUUAAAGGAUCCGUGUGUCUGUGGGCUAUGAAUGAUGCUGGCUUUGGGGAGAAAGGCAGACAAAAUACUGAUUAUUGUAUACUGACUUUUUGUAAUCUUGUACAAUUGUAACGCACCACAGGUGGGGAUGGGAAAGAGGAAUAUUCUGGUUUAUUUCCUAGACUGUUAUAAAACAACAACAACUAAUGGUGUUAGGAAGGCAUAAAUGUGACGAGUAUCACGCUGUAUAUAAAGGUAUCAAUGUUUGUCCUGUAUAAGAAUUAUGGAAUUACAACAGCAGUUUCAUUUAAACUUCUGGGUUAUGUUUGAGCCUGAAAUUUUAAUGAAGUGCAAUACUGAGUGUGCCUCAUAUCUUGCAGCUGUAAACAUAAUGGAAUGUACAUGUCAAUAAAGCCACUGUACAUUUUUAUACAGUGAAA